GCUUCUGAUCCUACUUUACCACCCAACGAAGAGGGCUUGCCAAUGGCAAGGCAGCUGCUCGUACACGAUGCCUCUGAACAUCGCCCAUCACAAGUCAUACCAUCCCUACAAUAGGGAAAACAUAGAGAGGGUGCGCAAAGAUGAGGAGGAAGUCAGACGCAACGAGGAAGCUCGCCGGCAGCAGAGGCAGGCCGCUGAGUCAGAAGCCAGGCUAGAGCUGCUCAGAAAUGCAAAGGGAAAGGGCCCAGCAGAUCAAGAAGGGAGCGACCCACUACCCGAGGAGAGCAGCGCAAGCAGCAGGACCGCUGAACGUGCAAAGCUGGAGGAGCAGAUGACCGUGUAUCUCAAUGGCUUGGAGAAGGAAGGAAAGCCUUGGUAUAGCGACCCUCAGCUGCGCGGACCAAAGGAACGGCGGAAGACGCAAGACGAGACGCUGGAAGCUGCUUACAAAGACUCAGCUCUGAAGUCGACUUACGACCCGUUGAAGGCAAUGUCAGGAUUCCUGGCUCAGCGAGAGCAGGCCAUCCGGCAGAGGCGUCUUGAAGAUGAAAGGAAGAGCGCAGCUGACCGAGGACCUCCGACUGAAGACGCCUCACAUGCCGGACCGAGCUCAUAUCGUCACUAUCGACACUAUGACCGAGCAAGGAGAUCUGACGGCGACCAAGGCGAACGUGAAGACAGAGGCAGAUCUGCAAGAGAAGAGCGCAAUGGGCACGCUCGAACCGCCGAGGCCGCAGGGGUCGAGCCAAUCGAGACGGCGACCGCCACCGCAGGGUCGAUCGCGACAGAAGGUGUGACUGAGGCUGCUCGGAGCCCUGCAGCCGCGAGGGAGUCCAUGUACCCAGUCCUCCUCGGAGAGAUGAUUGCAACAGUCCUGUCUACCGAAGAGUAUCUCUUCUCCGAGGAUGAGGUCAAGGUACUUCGCUUCUACCCUUCUUUAUCGUACGAAGCUCGCUACCUCUUCUCGAGACUAAUCCAGCGUAAAGACAGUUGGCUACGAUUUGAAGCGCUGAGGGCGUCAUAUCAGUCGGAAGUCACCGAUAUGGAAGCAGCUGUAGAAGCUCUGACAGGCACCGCGCAACCUCGCUUCUUAAUUACUCAUGCUGAAGCUGGCGACGACGGGCAAGAAGCAAUGCUCGGUCUGCUUACACUGGACGAAUUGAAGACCCUCGCGAAGCGUUGCAACACCGCAAAGCCUGGUACCACGAAGGCAAGCCACAUUGCCGCUCUGCUGAAGACCCGCACCCAAGGAACGCUCUCGUCAGCAUUCUUCCCCGUCAGCCCAAGCAAGCGUAAAGCAGCAGCAGCAGCUCAACAGAGCCCUUCUAAGUCCACUGCAUCAACUAGCUCCAAGCAGCUCGCGCUGAACUUCACGUCGAAUGGCAAAAAGGCGACGCAAUCUGUCAAAUUAGCUGCAGAAGUCACCAAGCUGCUGGGCUUGCUUGUGAAGGUUCACUCCUCCACUCGCAGCCUGAUUGAUCGUGUGGCGCUGGUGUUCUACCGCGGAGCGAUGCUUGGAGCUACUGCUCUGACUACAGCUGUCCUAUCUCGCUCUCGUAGGCGCAACUAUCCUCGCUACGAGACACAGCGCUCUCCCCGUGUCUUCCUCACCCGUGAGCAUCUUCUGGCAUUCGAAGAGGCUGUUGCAGUCGAGACCAAGAUGGAGGAGCUGCUGCAGUGGGGUGAUGGGAGCGAAGCUACAUUUGCAAAGGCUCUCACCUACUUCGAGGCCAUCUGGCCCAUCUGGAAAGCCACUGUGACUGCCUUUGACCAGGAGCACCCCGACGGCCCAGACAGAAUGACCUACCAUCGUAUGCGUUUUCAUGCUGGCUGGCCACAGACGCGAGUUGUCUACAAGGGCACUGUCAUACUGGCCCGCUUCAAGCUCCACAAGCGAGAAGAAGAGGUGCUGCGAGCUCUGCUUGCGCAGCGACACUUCAGGAGAGGAAAAAGAGGCGAAUGGUAUGACCGGCUAGCUCUCGUAACGGCGAUGUACUCGUACCCUGAGAACAAGAAUAAAGGCAAGUCAGAAGCCCUCAAGAUCGCUGUGCAGGGUAUCGAGGACCCAGACACUCACUUGAUCUACCACGAUCAGCUUCAGAAGCGAAUCUGUCGGCUGGAGAAUCAGCUGCCGAUCCCAAAAUCGCAAAAACAUGACUUCUCGUACGCGAAGCUGAAGCAGUGCUCCGAGAAGACGUACUUCGGUGUCCGCCUUGACUCCAUGGACGAUGGGAUGCAGUCAAGGCAGAGGCUUCUCGCGCCUCUGAACAAUAUCGUAGCCCCCAAGCCUGACUCGCCGGUAGAAUCUCCAGAGGGAUCUCGGUUUGUGCAGAGAGCGCCAAUGAGGAAGAUAGUCAAAGUUGAGAGACAGACCUCACCCACGAAGCUGGGCAGCGCUCUCAUGAAGCGUAGUGCUUCGUCAUCAUCGGAUCUCUCUCUCGACGUUGCUAUGCGAAAUGAUGAGAGCCGGCGCAAGAUGGCCUCACCAUCGCCAUUUGACGCUGAAGGAGCGGACGAAGCAACCUUGGUCCAGUACGAAGUCUCGCGCAAAGAGUCUCGCACCUCGAUGGCGUCCGUCUGGCGAGGUCUUGACGGUCAUCCCUGUCGCGUUGAGAAUAUUGUGCUGCAGCACUACGAGCUGGAAGGCUACAAGGGCUUUCAUGAUGAAGGUGGGGCCCUCAAGAUGCUCUUCGCCCUGUGCUUGUGGGACGUUAUCUUCCAUGCGCCUGGCGUGACGGACAUCUUUGAGACGCCCUAUCAGCGGGCUCCUCUCGACAUGGGACAAGACUCCUUUUGUAUCACCAGAGGUCCCUUUCUACGCGAGAGGCUGUCACUGGUCGCUCAAGGUGGCGCCGAGGCUCUGAUCAGGGAAGUCGACGAUCGCGAACGCCCAACAGCGACCUGGGCGCUGGGCUGUCGCUGGGAUGCCUUCACCCGGGAAGACCUCGUUGAAGUGGCCAGUUGCAUCCCUGGGCAGAGCCUCUCGGUCAUCUUCCAGAUGAUGGCAGAGGAGUGGGAGCAUUGCUCCGGUGGUAUGCCCGACCUGCUAGUGUACAGGCUUAGCGACAAGUCUGUGAAGUUGUGCGAGGUCAAGAGCGUCAAUGAUCGACUCAGCGAGACGCAGAAAGUUUGGAUCGACGUUUUGCUCAGGGCGGGAGUACAAGUCGAAUUGAGUCUGGUGAGAGAG